AGAAAGAGCCCUAGUUUCCACACUCAGUUAGAUUAAGUAGACGAAGACGACGAUGUCAGGGACAACUGCCCAGCCGCAGCAAGAGGAGGACAAGAAGCCUAACGAUCAGUCUGCCCAUAUCAAUCUUAAAGUGAAGGGCCAGGAUGGCAAUGAAGUAUUUUUCAGGAUCAAAAGAAGUACCCAACUGAAAAAGCUUAUGAAUGCAUAUUGUGAUCGACAAUCUGUGGAGUUCAACUCUAUAGCAUUUUUAUUUGAUGGUCGUCGCCUUCGAGCUGAGCAGACUCCCGACGAGCUGGAAAUGGAGGAUGGUGAUGAGAUUGAUGCUAUGCUUCACCAAACUGGAGGUGCUUCUUUUAUGUAAUCAUAAAAUAUGGCGACUCUAGUAGUACUAUAUAGUGAACUACUUUAUGUGGAUUUGGUUAUGAAGGAUUAGGUGUUUAGUAUCUUUUUUAUUUUCUUUUUUAAGACUUGUUCUAGUAUUCUAGUUAUCGGCCUAGGGCGAAUCGAAUCUAUUUUUGUUAUACUUCUUUUAUUGGUCUAUGGAGUAUGAAGGUAUCGGUUUAUGCUUAAGAUGAAUGUGUGUUUGGCCUAUGACUUGCACUAUUGUUAGGCAUUAGCUUGUGAUUUUCACCGCAAUAAAGAAUUUGAACAGUUAAAGCACUGCAAA